AUUUUCUAUUUGAAAUUUUGAACUUCGUUUCUUAUAUGGCAAACCAACCUUACACGAUGUUUUUAAACGAAAAGUUUAAAGUUAUUUUCACUGUACUAUAAGAAUUUUCAAUUUUUACAAAAAUGGUAGGUAAUUAAAAUAUGUUAAAAUGCAAUCACAAAAGUAUCUUCAGUUAACUUUGGCAAUAAUUAAACCACAUAUUGUUAAAUCUCCUUUUGUGCUUCAGAAAAUUCGAGAUUUAAUAAUUGACAAUAAUUUAAAAAUUGUCAGAUCACGCAGGACAAUAAUUACACAGAAAGAGGCGGAAUUAUUUUAUGAAGAACAUAAAGAAAAAUUUUUUUACAAUCGUCUUUUAACAUUUAUGUGUAGUGGUCCAUCAGAUAUUCAUAUUUUAGCAGAUCAUAAUGCUAUUGUUAAAUGGAGAAAUUUAAUGGGUCCUACAAAAGUAUACGAGGCACAAUACAUUGCCCCUAAUACAAUUCGAGGAAUGUUUGGUUUAUCAGAUACAAGAAAUGCCACACAUGGUUCUGAUUCUGUGAAAUCUGCUGAGAGAGAAAUAAGAAUAUUCUUUAAAAACUUUGAUUUACAAAAAUGGUAUGAAUAUGAGGAAAAAUAUUAUAAUUUAGGUCAAGUUCAUUUUGAUCCAAUAGCAUUUUUACAUACUAUUGAUCAAAAAUUUAUAAAUAGUAAUAAAGGACAAAUUAUAAAGUGAA